UUAACCGGAGGGGAGCAGGGCGUCGGCUGGGAGGGGAGGGGCCACAGAGCCACCCGUUGCGCAUCAAAUCCCUCGCUCAGAGCUAGCUUUCCAACCCAGCGGCCAGCCAGCCAGCCAAGUCUCUGCGUCCUAUCGACUGACACUCUUUCUCCAGCGCUAUGUCGUCGAAGUACCCCGUCGGUCCCACAGAAACAGAGCGCUGCAUCGAGUCACUCCUUGCCGUUUUCCAGCGCUAUGCUGGCCGGGAUGGCAACGCCUGUACACUGUCCAAAAGGGAGUUCCUGACCUUCAUGAACACCGAGCUGGCAAGUUUCAGCAAGAAUCAGAAAGACCCGGGCGUCCUCGAUCGCAUGAUGAAGAAGCUUGACAUGAACAACGAUGGACAGCUGGACUUUGGCGAGUUCUUGAACCUCAUCGGGGGACUUGCCCAGGCCUGCCACAGCCAGGUGUUGGCAUCCCCCACAGCUGGUGUCCCCCCGAAACCAUGAAACACCCCAAUUUAUUGGCCUUUCCGAGCCAAGACCAAAGUCUUCUCAAACAUUCCAAAAUCCAGCACUUCUGUGAGUCCGCAAAACACGAGCCACAUCCGACAUGGAAAAGCAAGCGACCCUCUCUUCAUAUAUUAUUUUUUUCUCAAUAAAACGGAUGGGUUAAACACAAA